CUGGCGUCCUCCAAAACAUUGCUACGCGCAGAUGUAAUCUUCUUAGGUGAAAAUUACCUGACUGGGGUGAACAUGUGGCGGUUGAACACGGGUUUCCUUCUCUUUUUGAUUAUUUUACUGUGUCCUGAGGACGGCCAGGGUAAAAGCAACGGAGAAAUUCGCCUUCAAGAUGGAGACACGCAGUACCAAGGCCGUGUGGAGAUCUACCAUAGCGGGGAGUGGCGGAGGGUGUGUGAGGAGGGGUGGGGACUUAACGAAGCCAAAGUUGCGUGCAAGCAGCUAGGUAAUGAGGACGCCCACGUUGCGAAAAUCAGCUAUAGCCCCCGAGGCACAGGAUCCUUUUGGUUGUCCGACCUCAACUGCACCGGCACUGAAGAGGGUCUGUACAACUGUUCUUCCCCAGGGUGGGGCAACGUCAGCUCUGCAUGUGACACAGGAGACUACGACGAUGCUGGGGUCAUCUGCAAAACACCCAGUGACGGUGUCUUGCGUCUUAUUAACACAUCAAAUGCGUACGAGGGCCGCUUGGAAAUAUUUUUGGCCGGGAGAUGGGGGAGGGUUUGUGACUACGGCUGGCGCCUGACUAGCGCUGACGUGGCGUGUAAACAGCUUGGGUUCACCGGAGCCCACACACCAGUAGUAAAUACGUCCCCUAGGGGGACAGGUUUUUUCUGGAUACAGAAUAUAGAUUGCCAGGGGUCUGAGACGUCCCUGGCUGAUUGUUCCCAUGACGGUGUUGGAGAAAUAAACUCACGGUUUUGUGUUGAGACUUCCUCAAAUGACGCCGGCGUACUGUGCAAGGGACCCAAUGACGGUGAAGUGAGAUUGACCGGCGGCAACCAGUAUCAAGGUCGAGUUGAGAUAUUCUACGCAGGUAGCUGGGGAAUAGUGUGUAAAGUAUAUUGGUACACGUAUGAAGGACAGGUGCUCUGUAGACAGCUUGGUUUCAGUGGGGCGCUGCAGUCCUGGUCUGAUUUUGUCUCGAGGACAGGGCCACGAGUGAUGCUAGACGAAAUAUACUGUGACGGUACAGAAAGUCGACUGGAUAACUGCUCUCAUGGAGUGAUAGGUUAUCCAAAUUCAUUUGGUUGCACGGGGGCCUAUCCCCACGAGAUCAGGGCUUGGUGUGAAGCGCCUGACGACGGCCAACUUCGUCUGCUAGACGGUAACGGCUACAACAGCGGCCGCGUGGAGAUAAAAUUUGCCGGAGAAUGGAGGCGUGUUUGUGACGAUGGAUGGGGAAUCAACGACACAGCGGUUGUAUGCCGUCAGUUGGGAUAUAGCGGAUAUGUUAGAAGUGUAAGAAGUUGGACACCAAAGGGGAGUGGAUUCUUUUGGCUGUUCAAAACUGGCUGUCUGGGAACAGAGAGCAACCUUACAGAUUGCAGAUAUGGUAGGGUAGGGGCAAUCUACUCUCGGUCAUGUGACUCAAACAGUUACAAUGACGCUGGCGUAUACUGUCAGGGAUACUUACCGGGAGUUAUCCCCACAAGUACAACCACACGAACCACAACAACCACUGUGACAAGCGGACCUACAUGCUAUUCUUGCUCGGGAACCUCAGGCACUUCGUGUUCCACAUCUGUCACAUGUUCUUAUGGAUAUGUGUGUCACACGACGGCCUCGGCGUACGAAAGUUACAAUCUCUUCUACAGUUCUUCCACCAUUGCCUACAGCUACAGCCGCGGUUGCAGAAGUCAAUCACUGUGUACCAGUCAGGAGCUCCAGGGUAAUACUUGCACUGGAACUGGGACCAGUAAAGUCUGCAGGCAGUGCUGCACUAGUAACUUCUGUAACAGUGGUACACUGGAUACGUCCCAAACCAGCACCAACAACAAAGGGUUCGCUACCGGGAGUGCCUGGUUUAACGUUCUCUGCGUGCUUUUGUUAAUUGUCUUUGCCAUGAAUUAAAUACUUAGAUCUUAAUAUUUAAAGACAACAUUUAUUUUUAGAGCAGUCCUCAUUAAUUUUUCAGUGUUUCCCUUUUCUACCUUUUCCUGACAUUAAAAGUAAACAGUACAUGCUUAAUUAUGAUGCCUUAAUAUAAUGACAAAUGUUUUAAUAUUUCAAGAACUUGCUUUUAAACGAAAUUGCCGCAUCUGACCUCUAGACGCCAGUAAAACAACUUAAACGGUGAAUUCCUUUGUGCGAUCAUGUCAACAUUUCAUUAUAAACUGCGAACCACAAGUCCCCUAACAUUUCUGUCCGGCAUAUUUCGUAUAUGCAGAUAGUUAUUGAGGCCGCUAUGUUUCCAUUUCUGUAGUUGAUGGUCAACACAAAUACAAACGCGCCACGAAUAAAAAAGGCAAUUAUAGUUUAUGAAGCAUGGAGACGUUUCCAUAUAACGAAAUUAAUAAAAUAUACACAGUAUCCAAAACCAUUCACAAAAUCACGAUUUUAAAACCAGUACUUGAUUUUUAAGUUUUUUAAUUGUAGACCAUUCUUGUAAUGAGGAUUGAUUUAGUGGACUUCAGGUAAUAUAAAAAAUAAGAAAUAA